CAUGGAUCAACGAGGCAAUCAAAAUCAACAAAAACCUAGCAUUGCACCACAAGCUUCAUUCAACGAAUCAGCACUUUCAAAUUUCCCAUCAUCUUCUUCAUCUUAUCAACAAUUUGAAGCUAGCGUUUCCAGAAAUUCAACAUUUGUCUCAUCAAAAUUGAGCCUUGGAUUGAUUAUUGAAAAGUAUAAGAAUCAUAAUGAUAAAAUUAACACAGCUACACAAAAUGUGCGUAGAUCAUAUAAUGACAGAAAGAAAAAGUUUGAAAAAAUCUUGAGCAUGUAUGAACGGCAGCAUGAAAAGUCGAAGCAAAAUCUUGACUUGUAUAGAGAACGGAGCGCAUUAUGCAUCGAUGAAAUGAAGAGACUUGAAAGUAUUAUACGUGGACUAAACGACAGAUUGUAUCAAAUUGAAGGAUCGGAUACCGAAAAUGAAGAAGACUGGGGCCGUGCACAGAUUGAGGAAUAAAGUUAAAGAUAUUUCGAGCACUUUCAAUAAAUUUUUAGGUUUCAUACCACAAAAACCAG